GAGCCUCUACUUCAGUCAAUCCUCUUUGGUUCCAAUUCUGUUCUUGUUCUGUUAUAAAAAUGGCCACGAACCGUUCAACUCCUGACGCGCUGCUCUCCAUACGCGACCCAAAACACACGUAAAAAUUAAAACAAAUAAUUGUUUAUCCAGUUAAUCGUCACCUCGUGAAUUUAUGGUGUGAGCCACUGGCCUGGACCCAACGGCACGUGCCAUGACAUAUUCACAUGUUCCAUUGUCUCGCGUAUUUUUGCAUUGACUUUUUUGUCGUGAAGUGAAAAAAAUAAAGGCGACGAGAUUGCAUCGGUGAGGAUCCGUUGGAGAUUGUUGGAACGCAGACGUCGAGAUGCUGAAGAGUGGGGCUUUGCCGAAGAAGGAGAGCAAAAUGAGGAUACGCGCUUUUCCGACGACUGUCGACGAAAAGUACGUGGAGAACAUCUGGGCGCUUUUAAAAAAUGCCAUCCAAGAGAUUCAAAAGAAGAACAAUUCGGGAUUGAGCUUCGAGGAGCUUUAUCGCAAUGCCUACACAAUGGUACUCCAUAAAUACGGGGAGAGGCUGUACACUGGCCUCAAGGAAGUCGUGACACAUCAUCUCGAGAAUAAAGUGCGUGAGGAUGUGCUGCACUCACUGCACAAUAACUUUUUACAGACACUUAAUCAAGCGUGGAAUGACCACACAACAUCCAUGACCAUGAUCAGGGAUAUACUCAUGUAUAUGGAUCGAGUCUAUGUACAGCAGAAUGAAGUCGAUAAUGUUUAUAAUCUUGGGCUCAUAAUAUUUCGUGAUCAGGUGGUGAGAUACGGUUGCGUGAGAGAUCAUCUUCGAGAGACCCUCCUGGGGAUGGUAGCACGUGAGCGUCGAGGUGAAGUUGUAGAUCGUAUGGCAAUAAAAAAUGCGUGUCAGAUGCUGAUGCGUUUAGGUAUUAAUAGUCGUAUCGUGUACGAGGAGGACUUCGAGAGGCCAUUCCUCCAGCAGAGUGCAGAGUUCUACCGUAUGGAGUCGCAAAAAUUUUUAGCUGAGAACAGUGCAUCGGUGUACAUAAAAAAAGUUGAGGCGAGAAUUUCGGAGGAGUCGGAGAGAGCCAAGCACUACCUAGACGAGUCAACAGAGUCGAGGAUAGUCGAGGUAGUUGAGGAGGAGCUGAUAAAGGUCCACAUGAAGACAAUAGUGGAGAUGGAGAACAGUGGAGUGGUGCACAUGCUGAAGAACCAGAAGACAGACGACCUGGGGUGCAUGUACAAGCUAUUCUCGAGGGUAUCCGAUGGUUUGAGAACAGUCUGCGACUGUGUCUCACAAUUUCUGAGGGAGCAGGGACGCUCGAUGGUGCAGGAGGACCAGGAGGCAACCACAAACGCUGUCCACUUCGUCCAGAAUCUUCUCGAUCUCAAGGAAAGAUUCGAUCACUUCCUCCAUUACUCGUUCAACAACGAUAAACUCUUCAAGCAGAUGAUUGUCUCGGACUUUGAGUACUUCCUCAAUCUGAACUCCAAGAGUCCAGAGUACCUCUCACUGUUUAUCGAUGAUAAAUUGAAGAAAGGUGUCAAGGGAAUGACUGAGCAGGAGAUCGAGGGCAUACUUGACAAGACAAUGGUACUCUUCAGGUUCCUCCAGGAGAAGGACGUAUUCGAGAGGUACUACAAGCAACACCUGGCGAAGAGACUUCUCCUCAAUAAAUCAGUCUCCGAUGACAGCGAGAAGAACAUGAUUUCAAAGCUGAAGACUGAGUGUGGGUGUCAAUUCACUUCGAAGCUCGAGGGUAUGUUCAAGGAUAUAACAGUCAGCAAUACGAUAAUGGAUGAGUUCAAGGAUUACGUUAUGGCAUCGGGAAAUAAUUUGCGUGGCGUUGAUUUGAGUGUCAGAGUUCUUACAACUGGAUUCUGGCCGACGCAAUCAGCAACACCAAAAUGCAGUAUGCCACCAGCAGCUCGUGAUGCAUUUGACACAUUUCGGCGUUUUUAUUUGGAAAAACACAGUGGCAGACAGCUGACACUCCAGCCACAGCUUGGAUCAGCUGAUCUCAAUGCUGUAUUUCAUGGUCCUAAGAGGGAGGAGAGUGCCAAUGGACUGGAGACACCGUCUUCAACGAGUUCAAUUGUCAAUGGGAAUGGGUGUGCUGUCAGCCCAAGGAGUAGCUGUACGAAUCCUAGAAAACACAUAAUUCAAGUAUCCACGUACCAAAUGUGUGUUCUUAUGCUCUUUAAUAAUCGUGACAAAUUGACGUACGAGGAGAUACAGAGUGAAACAGACAUUCCUGAGAGGGAUCUCGUCAGGGCGCUACAGUCACUGGCCAUGGGCAAAGCUGCUCAGAGAGUUUUACUCAAGUUUCCGAGGUCCAAGGAGAUCGAACCGUCGCAUUAUUUCACUGUCAAUGACAGUUUCACCAGUAAAUUGCACAGAGUUAAGAUUCAGACUGUCGCUGCCAAGGGUGAAUCUGAACCUGAGAGAAAGGAGACACGUAAUAAAGUCGAUGAGGAUCGGAAGCAUGAGAUCGAGGCCGCGAUUGUUAGGAUAAUGAAAGCUCGAAAGCGCAUGCAACAUAAUGUAUUGGUGACUGAAGUUACACAACAGCUUCGUGUGAGGUUUUUGCCGUCUCCAACGAUAAUUAAGAAACGUAUUGAGGGCCUGAUUGAACGAGAGUAUCUAGCUCGAACUCCAGAGGAUAGAAAAGUGUAUACAUACGUUGCUUAAUUGAAUUUGUACAAAUGAUGAGCCGAAAGAGAGAGCUAGCCGAGCCAAGUGAGCAGAACAUAAUCGAGAGAAUAUAACGGAGAUUUCUUUUUCAACGAGAGAGAGAGGAUAAAUGAUUAUCGUCAGAAGUGUCUAUUUUUUUUUCUUUGUCCCUCCCCUAUUCGCCCAUUUGCAGAGUUAAUCCCUUUAUCUCGAUCCUGAAAAUUAUUUUGAAGAUCCCCUUCUUCCCCUUCCCCCCCCCUCAUUAUUAACAUUGUCAAACUAAGUUUAAGGAUUUAAAGUAAGAACAUUGUCAAGUAUCAGAGAUGAAAAUGAAGAAAACAUUAUUAUAAAAGAUUUAAAUUAUUCCAGGCGUAUUCACAAAUAUACCAUUUUUGAACAUUU